ACCCUGUAGAUCUCACGCUUGAUAAAUUUAUAUUAAAAAAAGCAUGAGCUAUUGUUUAAGUUUUACCAUAAUUUAAAUAACUACGUGGCUUAGUAAAUUUGAUGUGAUAACCACUUAAAUUAAAGUUAUGACAACAGACUCUGUUUUAAAGUUCUACAUAUGUACAUAAAAUUAUCAACCUUAAUACCUUAAACAGUGAACUUUUUGUAUUAAUAAUGAGAAAAACGUCUCUUAAUAAAGAUCUUAAUGGAUACAUUGCUCAUCGAGAAUAAAACCUAUAAUUUUCCCAAUGGAUAUAAUGCUGGAACUAAAAAAAUUAAAUAAAUAGAAUACACAUCAACGAGAACAAAAUGGCAAACACAAUAUCGUUAAUGUCGAAUGUGAUACGCAAUGUAGUGAGCAAAGAACGUAUUCGGUACAAAGAUGGCGAAUACGACUUGGAUCUUACAUAUAUUUACGACAAUAUAAUUGCCAUGGGGUAUCCAGCGCCAGGUAAACUGGAGAGCAUAUACAGAAAUUCUUUAACAGAUGUUCGCGAAUUGUUAGAAAAGAAACAUGGAGAUCAUUACAAAGUAUAUAAUCUGUGUCUUGAAUCCAAUUAUAGGUAUAACCCCGAUAAAUUUCAUGGGAGAGUUGCAAUUUUUCCGUUUGAAGAUCAUAAUCCUCCAACGAUUGAAUUAAUACAACAAUUUUGUAAAGAUGUGGAUUCUUGGCUUAAGGAAGAUGUAUCAAAUGUCGUUGCCGUUCAUUGUAAAGCUGGAAAAGGGAGAACCGGUACCAUGAUAUGUGCAUAUUUACUGUACAGUGGUUUACAAAAAUCCGCUGAUGAGGCGUUGGCCUGGUAUGACGUAAAACGUACAAAGGAUCGUAAAGGUGUCACAAUCCCAUCUCAGCGACGAUAUGUUCAGUAUUUUUCAAACCUAGUUUGUUCUAGUGUUCCAUAUUCAAAAAAAAUCCUUAAAAUCUGUGAAAUACGAUUUUCGGAGUCCAGUUUGCUGCAGAACCUAGGGACGGUACAAUGUACAGUAGUUGUACCACAGGACUCUACAACAGAAAAUGUAAAAGCACAUACACCGAAAACGUGGACUAUUGAUUUCCAAGAAUCUUGUGUAUUGAAAAUAAGUAAUCCAUCUCUAUCGGUAGCCGGUGAUAUAAAAUUUGAAUUUGCACGAAAGUCUUCACAGAAACCAUUUUGCCAUUUUUGGCUAAAUACAUUCUUCGUUCAAAAUUCUUCAGUUUGCGAGUCCGACGGAACACUGUUGAAAUGUACAUACACUUUAAACAAAUCAGAAAUCGAUUAUGUUCAUAAAGACCGUAAACACAAAUUGUUUUCAGAAGACUUCAAGAUUUCCAUAUUAUUUGAGGGGGAAGCGUGUUUCAAUGAUGAUAAAAAAUCGAAAAAACAACCAGCAGCCGCAUUGGAAAACCAGGAUAUAUCGACUAAAAUUCAAUACGACACAACAACCAAUUUAAAUAAUGUCUCGACUGCGUCAAAACGCAAACAACCCAAUUACAAACCUCUUGUAUCAAACUUGAAUAAUGAUUCCACAGGAAAGGAUUUAAAAAAUAUACAUACUUUCAAACCACCGUCCAUUACAAAAAGUAACUUAACCACUUGGCAGAAUGGUGAAAUUAAUAUCACCUCCGAUACUCGAAGUAUAAAUGAUAAUAAACACAUCAAUUAUGAUUCAUACAUCACAUAUAAACAAUCAUCUCCAAAAGAUGGAGAGGAAGAUUGGGAAUCUGGUGAAUCAACACGCCUGUAAUCAAUACUUACGGACUUAUAAUUCUUGGUGAUGUAGAAAAGUAAAUCAAACUGCUAAGCAAUUGGCUAAUCUUAUCGAAUUUGUAAAUAUACUGUACUAUGAUAUUUAUUUAAGUAGUUCUAAAACUAAUGUUUAAUAAUAAACUCAUGUAAAUUUUGUAAUGUAGACAUCAGUAAA